CUACUGUUGUUAUGUGUGCCACACACAAAACUCAGCCUAUAUAACCAACCCAAACAAUUCACCAUUUCCUCACAGCCAGAGAGAAAGUAAUAAUUCUCAUCUUCUUCAUCAUAUCCCAAAUUUAACAACUAUGGUUUCUUUCCAAGCACCUAUGUUUUCAGAUAGUAGAUCAAAUCCCAACACUGAGUUUGAUCAUUUCUCAAAGCGGAAGAGGGAAGACGUCUUAGAAGGUGAAGAAACUUUCAACAAGCGAUCAAAACCAAUCUUUGAUAUGGAUCUACACCUCGAGAAUCCAUUACCGUCGGAGUGGGAACGAUGCUUGGAUAUUCAGUCAGGUCAGAUACACUUUUAUAAUACAAGAACACAUAAGAGGACAUCUGGGGAUCCAAGGAGAAGCCCUGAGUUGCCAAGUCCCGGUGGUGAUAUCAUGAGCUUAGACCUUGAGCUAAACCUACCUUGCAAUUCGAACAACAAAUUGACAAGGCAUAAUUCUGGCAGCCCUUCACGGGAUGCCUUGGGUGAUAAUCUUUCCAUUGAUAUCAGCAGAGAAAAGAAGAAAUCGCCAGGAGAUCACUUAACGCGUUGUCCGUCAUGGUUGGCGUUCGAAAGAGACGAUGAACAAGAGAUGGUGGCAACAGCAUGCAUGCGGUGCCACAUGUUGGUGAUGCUGUGCAAGUCGUCUCCUACAUGCCCCAACUGCAAAUUCAUGCACCCAUCAGACCAAAGCGCUCCAAAACUAUUCAAGCAGAAGCUUGGCCUCUUAUGCUAGCUAUAGUAUAGUUGUAUGUUAAUUUGGACCGAAAUGAAAAUCCAGUACCACGUGUUUUAACGUUUAAUUUUUUGCUUACUUGAACAAGCUACCUCUCGUCAUUUCAAGAGGGUUUCAGUUGGUUGAUAA